CUCUCUGCCCGCAAGGACCCAUAGCCAAGAUGGCGGCGGCCGCGAUGAGGACGCUAUACGUCCUGCGGCUCUCUGUGGCUUUGGGUCCCCGGUCCCGCAGCUACCAUGCACCGCCACCCCCACGUCGCCGACCCGGACCCAAAUGGCCAGACCCAGAGGACCUGCUGACCCCGCGAUGGCAGCUAGAGCCGCGCUAUGCGGCCAAGCAGUUCGGGCGGUACGGCGCCACCUCCGGGGUGGACCCCGCCUCCCUGUGGCCGUCCCCAGAGCAGCUACGCGAGUUGGAAGCGGAGGAGCGGGAAUGGUACCCGAGCUUAGCGACCAUGCAAGAGUCACUGCGCCAGAAGCAGCAGGCGGAGGAGGCAAGGCGUCAAGCCAGGGAGCAGCACAUCGCCGAGUGCAUGGCCAAGAUGCCACAGAUGAUUGAGAAGUGGCGACAGCAAAAACGAGAGCGCUGGGAGAAGCUUCAGGCUGACAAGGAGCGGAGGGCCCGGUUGCAGGCCGAGGCCCAGGAACGCCUGGGCUACCACGUGGACCCGAGGAGUGCCCGCUUCCAGGAGCUCUUACAGGACCUAGACAAGCAGCAGCGCAAGCGCCUCAAGGAGGAGAAACAGCAGCAGAAGAAGGAGGCACGACUCGCUGCUAUGGCCUCUGAUGACGCCCAGGAGCCAGCAGUGUCCGGGGAACCCGCCUCUUGAAAGCUCCUUUCCCAAUAAAGCCAGCUGCUGACAGCCCCCACUCCACACAUUAUCCUCCCUCAAGUUGUUACUUCCUGGGCCCCUUGGUUCAUCCCCCAACACCUGGGCUGGAGAAUCCUCUCCUGGGCUGGGUUCACACCUGGACAUUAGGCCAUGCCAUGAACUGGGGCUUCAGGGAGAGAGAAAAGGGAAUGGAUGGGCAAAUAAUGAAGGAACAGAUGGCAGUAGAGGAGGAGGCUUCUGUUUACCAACAUUAAUCUCCAGUAAUUAGCCAAUUACCAGGGGGGAGCACAGCCAAGCAGACUGUGUGAUGGAGGGAGCAGCCCUUCUAGGGCUGAGCUGGGGCAGGGGCCCAACUUUCCAGAGGGAGGAGAUGCUGGGGGCCCCCAUCUGCGAGGCUCAUAGGCCUCUUCCCCAUGUCUCAGCAGGCCCACGUCAACCUGUGCCCGGCUAGCUCACAGACUCACAAGCUGGUGUGAGAAGCUCCAGUAGGCAUGCACCAUUAUUAGGGCUCAUUUUUAAAACUUUAUUCACUUUAAAACCUUUAUUAGAGAUGUGGUUCUGUUCUGGGGUAGGGGUGGCCUUGGCCUUCUGAACUGAUGUUACCUCUUCUCCAGACUG